CCGAAAGUGAAUUGAAUGCACGCUACAUCAUGGUCGAAAUUAGUGAGUUAGUUGAAGAUUCACAAAGAGCUAAGGUAUUUGCUUUAUCAAAUAUUGAGAAUGGCAAAUGGAAUCAAAACGUUCAGGAAGAUGAAAGACAAAACAAUUAUGAGAACAUCUAUGAAAUUCAAGAAGAUAGCUCAGAUAGUCAAGCCAAAAAUGACGAAAAUGAAAAACUACUAUAUCUAGUUACUUUAGAAAUG